ACAAGAAGGCGUGGGUUACCUUAAUGGUCUUCGAAGAUUGGUUCAAUGACCAUUUCGUGCCAGCAGUGGAGCGGUAUUUGACUUCGAAGGGUCUGCCUUUUAAGGCCCUCUUAGUCCUGGACAAUGCCCCUGGUCACCCUUCAAAUUUGAGCGACAUGCAUCCUAAUGUGAAGGUGGUGUACCUCCCACCCAAUACCACAUCGCUGAUACAGCCAAUGGACCAGGGAGUAAUAGCAAAUUUCAAGGCUUACUACCUUAGAAGGACCAUACGUUUUGCUUUGAGGGCCAUAGAAGCUAACAAGGAGUUGACACUGAAGCAAUUCUGGAAGGGCUACAACAUUGCAGAUGCAGUGAAGAACAUUGCAAGUGCUUGGGACGAGGUGAAGACGACCACUUUAAAUGGGGCCUGGAGGAAACUGUGUCCACAGUUUGUGCACAGUUUUGAAGGCUUUGACCAGGCAGAAGACGUCGAGACUGUGACGAGGAAGAUCGUAGGGCUAAGCAAGAGGCUGCAACUAGAUCUUGAACCUGAUGAUGUAACAGAGCUGCUGGCUUCCCAUGGUGGAGAGGAAUUGUCUGCAGAGGACUUACUAGAACUUGAACAACAAAUGAUUGAGGAAGAGGAGGCGGCACCAGAGCCAAAACCCAGGUCAUUAACUGUGAAAGGCUUGUCAGAGGGUUUUACUCAUCUGGAGAGAGCCUUGGCUUCUUUUGAGGCAGAAGACCCUAACGUUUCUAGGUUUGACAAAAUCAAGAGAGGAAUCAUGGAUUUGGUGACUUUCUACAAGGAGACCCUGAAGGAGAAGCAGACGAAGAGAAGUGUGCAGUCCAGGCUUGACACUUUCUUUCACAAGUCUCCAGUACCACCACCUCCCACUCCUAGUCCUGGUAAGGAAUUCUGAACUGUUUUACUAAUUUAUGUGUUUACAUAGUGUACAUAUUAAAAUGUGUUAAUUUUUUAAUGUAACAACUAAAUGUAAGAGUAAAUUGUAACUUCAUUAAUUUUCAUCAUUUGUAAUUUUAUUGCAGAAGUGGUGACAGUUCCAGAUCCCCCUGUACUACCUGUGACAGUUCCAGAUCUCCCUGUACUACCUGUGACAGUUCCAGAUCUCCCUGUACUACCUGUGACAGUUCCAGAUCCCCUGUACCUGGACCCUCUGUAUCAGCCCGCCCACCUGCACGUGUACAAUCAGACCCCUUUGAUAGUGACAGUGACCCAGAUGACCCUGAGCCUUUCCAUGGUUUUGAUGCCUCGCCCUAUACAUCAGAUGUAGAUGUUCCCUCAUCAGUUGAUACAAGUAUCACCUCCCCAGAGCCCAAAUCAGUUGAUACGAGUAGUAUCACCUCUCCCAUUCCUUCAGACUCCCAAGCACCUGCCCAUCCCACUCCAUAGCCCAGCCACCCACUCUCAUGUACCAUAUGACCAUCCCAGUAAGCAAGCCAACCACUAGAAUUUGAUUGGCAUGCACCUGUGACUUACAUAAACCAGACCUCUACAUAGCCUACAUGUCUUCAUUUUGCUGGAGGUAAGGAAUUCUCAGUUGUGUUUAAUGUUUGCAUACGUACAAUAAAUUUUGUACACCUAAGUGGUUACAUACUGUCCUUUAAUAUUAAUUCUUCAUUCCAGACUGCCCAUCAUCCUAGCCUGUUAUCUGUGAUAAAGCACACUGAAGUUAGGUUUGGAAUGCAUCCUUAUCAUGAAUGCUCUACACCUCCACCUCCAUCUCCCACAACCUAGGUAACAGCUUUGAGACUCACUAAAAGUUGAACCCCCUGAAUGAUGUAGGCUAUGGGGCCACAUAAGACUUUGUCCAUCCAGGGUUACGAUGAAUGCAAAAUAUAAACUAAAGAACCAACAUUUUUCACACAACUCCAGGUUGUUACUACAAGUGUCAUCAAGGGAUAACUACUACAAGUAGAAGCACCAUUUUUGGAUGGAAAAAACCCUUCAGGAAAGUAUACGUAUCACAUGUAACAUGUAGUGUAACAAAGUAUGAACAGUAAGGUUUUUACAUACAGUAGUACAUAUUACAUACAUACGUACAUAACUUUUUUUUACAGGAAUUUCCAACCAAGUUUGAUUAUGUACAUAUGUACAUGUUAUAAACCACUGUACGUAUGGUUACUGUAUGUAACUUACUAUAUACAUAACAUGACUUAACUUUGAUACUUUUUUGGUACAUUCCAGAAAACCAGGACCCCCUCCAUGAUGCAGGCUAUGGGGCCACAUAAAACUUUGUCCAGGGUUACUACAUAACAUAAAGAACCCCCUGAAUGAUGUAGGCUAUGGGGCCACAUAAGACUUUGUCCAUCCAGGGUUACGAUGAAUGCAAAAUUUAAACUAAAGAACCCCCUGAAUGAUGUAGGCUAUGGGGCCACAUAAGACUUUGUCCAUCCAGGGUUAUGAUGAAUGCAAAAUUUAAACUAAAGAGCUACCAGACUGGGAUUUUAGUGUACUCCAGGAUCUAACAAAUACAUACGUACUACUACGAAGUGUGCAAUGCAUAAUAUAUGUAGUGUAUAGUGUUUAGUGUAUACCCUAAGGAUUAAGUGUAGUACAUUGUGCUUUUUAGUGUCACAAGAGUUUAAUAAAGAAUUAUACCUUCAAGAACCAUCCUUUGCCAUUGGAAUAACCACACUACACAUCAUGUAAUCUAAUUGCAUGUCACACAGGUAAGGUCUCUAACUUUUUCUUAGUUUAAGGCAUAUUUCCAAGUGUCGUUCCGGCUUACGACGAUUUUCGGCUUACGACGCGCCUCAAGAACGGAACCCCCGUCGUAACCCGGGGACUGCCU